AUGUUCACUAUGAGCUUCUUGGCCGACAGCAGUAGGAUUAGCGCUGCGUUGGCGACGGCGGCAAUCUGGGGCAUCUCUGCAAUAGUGGCAUAUGCCAUAUUCGCACGCUUGCGGGACUGGCGACGCCUGAAGCAUAUCGAUGGACCCUCCCUCGCCGGCUGGACCGAUUACUGGAUGAUACGGAGCCAACUCAGCGGCCGGAUGAACCUCGACCUGGCCGACGUUAUUCGUGAAUACGGACCUAUCGCGAGGAUCGGCACCAACACCAUCGUUUGUGCAGACGUCAAAGAGUUACGCAAGAUCUGGGCAGUCCGCUCAACUUGGAAGCGCCCCCGGUGGUACCUGGGUCUCCGGAUCGACCCUUACAGCGACAAUGUCUUCUCCAUCACGGACGAAAAAGUUCACGAGACGCUCCGUUCCAAGCUGCUGCCCGGCUAUGGCGGUAAAGACGUCGAUGGCGUACACGAGAUCAUUGACGAGCAGAUUGCUCUCUUGGUGCAGCUCCUCGAGGACAAGUACCUGUCGGUUGAUAGCAAAAGCGACAAGGGCAAGUCAUUUCUGCCGGUCGAUUUGGCGAGGAAGGUCCAAUUUUUGACGUUGGACAUCAUCUCCUCCCUGGCCUUUGGCGAGUCCUUUGGCAACCUCGUCGCUGACGACGACGCACUGGGCUACAUCUCGACGACGGAGAAAUCGAUGCCGAUGCUCAUGUUUGUGACAUUGGUGCCGUGGCUGACCGCCAUCUGGCAAUCUCCACGGCUCCGGUGGAUGUUUCCAGACGCUCGCAAAAUGGUGGGCAUCGGCGACGUCAUGGCCAUCGCCCGCAGGGUCGUCGGUGAGCGCUACGGCGAGAAGCCCCAAGUGGUCAAGCGGGACAUGCUCGGUUCGUUUGUGGCCCACGGCCUGACCAGAGGGGAGGCGGAGGGCGAGACGAUGGUGCAGAUUGUUGCGGGGUCCGACACCUCCGCCACUGCAAUACGGUCGACUCUCCUCUUCAUCAUCACCAACCCUGCCGUUUAUUCCAGACUCCAAGCCGAGAUCGACGCGGCCGCAGCAGCAGGGCGAAUCUCGUCGCCCAUCACGGACGCCGAGGCGAGGGCCCUCCCGUACCUGCAAGCAGUCAUCCGCGAGGGGCUUCGGAUGUAUCCUCCCGCCACUGGUCUCCUUCCCAAGGUGUCGAGCAAGGACGAGGUUCUCUGCGGCAAGCACAUCCCGGCCGGGACUGAUGUCGGCUGGGCGGUCUGGCCUGUCAUGAGAGACAGGGGCGUAUUUGGGGAGGAUGCCGACCUCUUCCGCCCCGAGCGCUGGAUAGAGGCCGAAGCCGAGGAGUGGAGAGUCAUGGAUCAGACGGUCAUGAUGGACUUUGCGACGGGGAGCCGGUGGGAAUGUUUGGGCAAGACGAUCGCCAUGAUUGAGCUGAACAAAACUUAUGUCGAGCUCCUUCGGCGGUUCGACAUUACCUUGCUCGACCCGUCCAACCCAUGGCAUUCGUUCAACGCGGCAUUCUUUAUACAAAAAGACAUGAACGUCAAGAUUUCACGGAGAAAGACGCCGGUGUGA